AUGUUGCCCUCACUGUACGCCGCACUCUCCUUGAGCAUCAUCUACCGUACUACUAUCAAUUUUCCGGAUUUACCAUAUUCUGAACUGCAAAACGUUGGCUCUAGACAAUUUUUAAAAGCAUCACGUGAUAUUGCUAAUUCGGUUGAUAGGUUAUUAGCUAAUGUGCCUGGUCAUCAUAAUACUAGCGUCUAUCAGUACAGGUACCACAAGGACCUGGGCACACUUGCAUACUUAGAGGUGCACUCGGAUGAGCAGUCGAACCGUGUUCAGCAACGGAUUCAAUGGGCGUUGAAGCAUGGCAUGAUCGGCCGGCUACGAGUCACCCCAGAUGGAUUCGAAUUUCACGUCGUCAGAGACGCGAACUCAAACUGCUCGGCAACAGAAUUUCAAUGUUUGGAUGGCGGCUGUAUUGAUGCUAAUCUUCGAUGUGAUGGACGUAAGGACUGCCAUGAUGGUUCCGAUGAAUCUUCAAAAUUUGCUUUCUGCCAUUCGUCCAUUCCUGUAAUAUAUCAAACAAAUCGGGUUGUUUAUGUUCCUUACGGUGGUACCGCACUUUUAUCGGCUGUAAUAGAUGAAAUCCCAAAGGGUCAUCAGGUACUAUGGUCUCGAAACGAAAGAAUCAUUGGCGAAGACUCUCUGACGAAUUCUCGAGACCCUCGAGUCAACAUUUAUCGCUCAUCAUCCGAGUACUUUUUGAGGAUAGAGAAUGUAACCGCUGACGAUGCUGGAGAGUACAAAAUCACUGUUAGCGGAUUGGGAGUCGAUGCCACCUAUGACUUACGGGUCACAUCCGACAAGGUGAAGCCACCAAGUAGAGGAUGUCCGAAAAACGAAAGAAUGUGCCGAUCUGGUCACUGUUUGCCCGUAUCGCAGUUUUGUGAUCGAAUCGUUCAGUGUCCUGACGGUGAUGACGAAUUAGAUUGCUCGGCAAAAAGUUGCUCUUCAUCGGAAUUUCAAUGUAGAUCUACGAGAACAUGUGUGCCAGACGUGGUCAGAUGUGAUGGAUGGAAGGACUGUCUUGACGGUAGUGAUGAGCUGAACUGUCCUACAAGGAAUCAUCCUCAUCGUAAACACCAUAACAUCCAUCAUCAUCGCAAAUUUUCUAGACUUACUGUGAGAUGCGAAGAUGGUACAUCACCCGAGUACAGCCUGCACGGUUCGACGUAUUGUUGGUCCGAUUCCGUGUGUCCCACUGCAACGACUUGCAUACAAGGAUUAUGCUGUCGCGCCGGAAAAACUGGAAAGCGAUCGAUUUCUCACUGUAGCGACAACCAGUUCAAGUGUAGCAGUGGAGAGUGCAUCGCCAAGUCCGAACAUUGUGAUAGAAAGUACGAUUGCGCUGACGGAUCCGAUGAGACGAAAUGCGCAUAUUUCAUUGCCGCCGUAAGACAACACGAAGAACAGCACCAAAACUCUGAACCAGAGCAGUACGAAUACGAGGACGAAGACGAAUACGCUGAAGACGGCGAUAACAUCGACGACAUCGAUGAAAACGAAAUAAUUAGCACUAAGCACGAGAACGCCGGCGAGUUUGCUGAGUUCUCCUAUGGUGGGGAGGAAAUUCACGGAGAUAAAACUUGCUCGGAUCAGGAGUUCAGAUGUCCCUACUUGGAGGAAACUAAGUGUUAUCAUUAUGACAAGCUCUGUGACGGUGUCGACGAUUGCGGCGACGGCAGUGAUGAGGCUAAUUGUGAAUCUGGCAGUCACGAGGAGGGUGAGUCGAGCUCAGUGACGAAAAUUGGGCGUGUACAGGAAUCUACGCAGGAGCCACAAUAUUCGACUCCAUCCAAUGUGGAGGUACAGUUAGGAUGUUCAUCAAAUGAGUUCAUGUGUGGUGAUGGCAAAUGCAUAGACAAAUCGCUGGCAUGUAAUCGAAAGUACGAUUGUGCUGACGGUACAGAUGAGACUGAAUGCGAGUACUUCAAAGCAGCCAUGUCACGGCAUCGAGAAGCACAGCAAAAUAACGGAGCAGGACAUGGAUAUGACACUACACAAAAUGGAAAUGGACGCGAAGAUGAAUUGCGAAGAAGAGAGGAAGAAGAACGCAGAAGAGAAGAAGAAGAGCGUAGACGGGAGAUGGAGGAACGAAGAAGGGAAGAGGAGGAGCGCAGAAGAGAAGAGGAGGAAAGUAGAAGGGAGGAGGAACGUCGUAGAGGGCAAAAUGGUCAAGUUGGAUAUUUUGGUUAUAGUACCCCUGCAGCGGAUAUUGCGCAGGGUGGAAGAAGGGAAGAAGAAGAGCGCAGGAGAGAAGAGGAACAACAUAGAAGAGAGGAAGAGGAAAGGAGGAGACAAGGUGUGAACGGUAGAAGAGAGGGAAGUAACGGAUACGGAAACGGACGCGGUGGCUAUAGAUCGACACCGGCUGCUUAUUUCGAAGAGGAACAGCGAAGAAGAGAGGAAGAGGAAAGGAGGAGACAAGGACUGAACGGUAGAAGGGUGGUAAGUAAUGGAAAUGGUAACGGACAUGGUGGUUAUGGAGCGACACCAGCUGCUCAGUCUGAAGAUGCAGUGAGGAGAAGAGAAGAGGAAGAGCGAAGGCGCGAAGAGGAGGAAAGGAGAAGGGAAGAAGAAGAAAGAAGAAGAGAAGAAGAAGAACGAAGAAGAGAAGAAGAAGAACGAAGGAGGGAGGAAAUAGAACGCAGGAGAGAGCAGAAUGGUGGUGAUCGUGGUAUUUAUUUACCAACUGGAGCACCUACUAACGGAUUUCAUGAGGAAGAGUUGAGAAGAAGGGAAGAGGAACGAAGACGAGAAGAUGAGGAACGAAGGAGACAGGAUGAACAACGCCGUAGAGAAGAUGAAGAGAGGAGCAUUGAGGACGCCCGUCGCAGGGAAGAGGAAAGAUUUAGAGAUGAAGAAUUGAGAAGAAGACAAGAAGAACAACAACGAGAACUUGCACGUGAUAUCCCUAGGCCGUUCGAACAGGCUUACACAAGCACCGCUUUUCCAACUAUACAAUUUAAAGACGAAUAUGAUGAUGAAUUACCAUGUCUGGAUCAUGAGUUCCAGUGUGAAACUGGCGAAUGUAUUGACAAAAGUCGUGUCUGUGAUUCUCGUCAAGACUGUAUGGAUGGAUCGGAUGAAUCACAUUGUCCUGAUAGACAUGCUGAAUUCAAUGGUGACCUUAUGAACGAAGCUCAUCCGGUUUUCAGAGAAUAUAGAGAACAUUAA